CACAGACCACCGGAAGCAGCAGAAACCGGAAGCUGCUAGCAGAGCUAGCUUGUUGUUGUUGUGGUGUGUGAGGAGAAGAUUUGAGGCUCUGCAGUAAAAAUGUCUUCACUUCAGUCUCUGGGAGAGUUGAUCAGCUAAAGCGACUAACUGCUGCUGCUGCAGAAAUCUUCUCACCAGGCUGUGGAAACUUUCUUCUCCUCCUCAACAACUUGGUGGAGUUCUUUCCAGAAGCAGAGAAGCUAUUCUGCGGUCUUCGUGACAAUCGGAGCUCCAGAAGCAGGUGAUGGAUUGAAGAGGUUCCCUCUAUCAGACUCGCUCAUCUGAGUUGGUCAUGAUGCAGGAUCGCUGCUCGCUCUCUCAUCCAUCCUGCUCACACUCUCCGACGGAAAAGGCCCGAAUCUGAAUGUGACUCUGGAGGAAAAAGCGGUUAGCUCUACUCUGUGAACUCUGCUGUUAGCUAAACACGGCUAAAGAAAACCUGCUACCACUUCAGGAUCAUCCAUCAGCUGGGACUGCUUCAUCAGCAUGGACACAGAUGUUCAACAGCUGGUGCUGGUUAAAGAAGAAGCUCCUGGUGAGGACCAGCAGGACCCAGAACACCUCCACAUGAAGGAGGAACAGGAUGAGCUCUGGACCAGUCUGGAGGGAGAUCAGCUCCAUCUGAAGGAGGAGACGGAUGCUGCCAGGUUUCCAGUCACUGUAGUUACUAUAAAGAGUGAGGAUGAUGAAGAGAAACCUCUGAUCUCACAGCUUCAUCAGCAGCAACUAGAAGACAGAGAUGUUCCAGCCUGCAGCUCAGCUGGUGGAGGAGCAGGAACUAGCAGGAACCCAGAUCUGAACCCUCAUGAACAGACACUUGGUCCUUCAGAGGCUGAAGUCAGUGGAGAUGAUGAAGAGGAUGAUGGUGUGAGUGUAGGCUCUGAGCUGUCACACGCUGGGUCUGAAACUGGAGACGAUGACUGGAAUGAGAGAAGGUCUUCUGAGUCAGAUGAACGUCCACAGCAUGAUGUCUGGCAAAAGGAGAACAUUCUGACCGACCAGCUCUCUAACCAGGAGACCACCUCCAGUUUGGACCAGAGGGAACCAGAACCUCCACUGAUCAAAGAGGAACAGCAGGAAAUCUGUAUCCAUCAGCAUAAAGGGCAGCUGAUUCUGAAGCAGGAAAAUGUUUCCUUCAUGGUGACUUCUCCUUCUGAAGAAACAGAUGGCUGUGAACCAGAGCCAAACAGGAACCAACCCUUGUGUCAGAGUUCUACUGAAGCUGAGAACCAAGUUCAGGAUGGAUGCAGGAAUGAAAACUCAGAACCAAACAGCAAUGAAGAACUGAGACAAAAUAAAAGACGUCGACAAACCAAAGAUCACAGAGACAGUCAGAAACUAAAAAGGCAAAAGAGGGCUCACAGAGACGAGAGACUAUUUUCAUGUCUUUUCUGUGGGAAAUCUUUCACUCGCAAGUAUGUUUUAACUGAUCACAUGAGAAAUCACACAGGUGAUCCGGUGGAGGUGAAGUCAUCUCGGCCAGGCUGCCCAGAAGAAAGGACUUCUGGAAUGUCAAAGGCAAUAGCUUCCUUUGAAUUCUUGCCUCUGUCCAUAAGAUUUCCCGGGUCUGCUGGCAGUCAGAUGAAGUUGUUUCUCAGAUGGACCUUUGCAAAUUUGCGAAGAAAGUUUGACUUUGAAGGAUGAUUCUUUAUGCGCUAAUACAGGCUGGCGGAACCGUGUCGCUGGCAGGAACUCAAGAAUUGAGGAAGUGAAUUUGUUUCAUGAAACUUGUUUACAAAUUUUGGCAAAUCAGAACUUAACAAGUUUAAAGUAGGUGUUAGAGAAUAAUUGUAAUACAGCUUUUAAGUGGAUACACAUUUUUAUAUUCUGCUGUGUGUGUGUGUGUGUGUGUGUGUGUGUGUGUGUGUAUGUGUGUGUGUGUGUGUGUGUGUGUGUGUGUGUGUGUGUGUGACUCAGGCGAAGGUCAGGAUGUCCUCCUGAGGCGGGUUUUAGAUUUGCUUGUCAGCUCCUUUUCCUGUAGACUGCUGGACACACAUGGAUGGGAGUGAGACCAGAUGUGCUACAGAUAAGAGUCGUAUAUCUCUUUUUAUGGUAACUAAGGAAUGUGCUUUGUACUGAAUAAAAGAGACUCAGAGGGGGUCUACUCUUUGAGAUCUGUUGAACUCCAAGCUGGGUCAGUUCGUUCUUGGUUUUCGCAUUUUAUCUCUGCAGAGAUAAAAGACACAUUUCAGCUCUCACCUGUGUUUGUGAUUUACUCUAGGUAACCUGUGCUGCCAAAAUAACCCAUCAUUUUCUGGUGCCGUGACCCGACGCACGGAGCACCGGUGCGGAAGGUCUUCGUCGGAGGGCUGCAAGGCGUCGUCCCACGAGAAGUCCAGGUGGCUAAAUUGCUCCACUAGCCAGCUGUCUCAGCUGCGCCGGACACCUUCUUCCGACGACUCCCGUGCGAUCGACUCGGUUUGAAUCGCUCCCACAGGGGGGAGUUUGUAAGUUGAUUUUUAAUUUGCACCUUAACAUCAAAAAACUCAAGACAGAGGGUAUAUUCUGCUGUUCAGGUUUAAAGGACGCUUUAAACUGCUGAUGUAGUGUCGGGUAUUGAGCCUUUGGUCCGGUAUAAUAACGCUAUGAAAUAGAAUGAAAUAAAGCGAAGGGUGGACAAGGUUGUAACGAUUAGAUUUUGCAAAAUCUAAAACCACCUCCUGGGAAAUAAAGAACGCCAGGCCCGGUAGUAAAAAUACAGGACAGCAGAAACAAAGUGGAUGAACCACACAAUAAGUGGGUACAAGGAAAAAUAGGCACAGAACAUCAUUCUUGUGCAUGCCUUAUUCAAACCUGAAACCUGACGGUGUUAACGAACGGUCUGAAAGGGCACUGUCUGUGCGGAUUCAUAGGUUUUUUCCUCGGUCAUUAGAUUAGGAAAGCGUAUGAGCUCAAAACAUAGGUGCAUUAAAUAGGCACCGCAGGGAUACAAAAAAUGUAACUCUACGAUCACCGCCGUCUUAAAUUUACCAAACCUAAAAGUUUAAUUAUAAAUUAAUUCCCAAGUUUUUAACUACAAACCAUUUUAAUGAUUUCCAGAUUUACGUUCCUUAUUAUUUCUAACAUCUCGCUGGUUCUACUUCUUAUAAUAAUUUUUCUUGAAAUACGUGGUAUUCUCCCCGCUCAUUUCACCAAACCAGUUAAUAAAACCCAGUGAUUGAAUCGUAUUGAAUGGGUAACAUUACAUCAGUUGCGCAGUUGGAAGGAGAUUCGAAAUAUAUGUAUCAUAGAUUCCCCGACAGUUUGAAAUAUAUGAAAAAAUGGAAUAAGAAGUACAGAGUUGAUGGCAAGCUGAAGGGACAGCAAUGGAAUGAUUGAGUAUGUCUGUAUGAGGCUAAAGUUGUAACUGCAACAGGAAAAAAUAAGGUGAAAAAGGAGGAACAGCUGCGUGUGGCCAAACUGUGGAUGGAAGAGACAGAGAAAAGAAAAGCAGGUAUUCAGAUACAGAAAGACCGUAAAAAGGACAGUGAGAGUAGCACUGAAGAGGAUGUUUAUGUACUGAAGAAAUUGAGCGACGAAUUGUCCCUCACACUGCCCCCUCCUUAUCAGGUCCACCGCCUCCUGAUGGGUCUCAGCCACCGCAAGUGCCGUAUCCGUCUCUCGAUGGCAUUGGUGGCACUUCAGCCCCACCCUCAAAGGGCGAUGCCCCUGAGAUGCCUGAAAGUAUUUCUACAAAAAGCAAAAUGAAAAUCAAGCAUCCCAAACCAGAACCAGGAGUGGAAACUAGAGCCGUGACAUGUAAACAGAUUAAAGAAAAAUCAGAGACCAGCUCAGGGGAAGAUAACCCAAAAUAAAAUUGAUGUGUGUCCAAUGGUCCAAGGUCCCGCACAUGACCCCCAGGUGCCUCAAUAUGUGUUCAGGCCCUGGUCCCUUAAGGAUGUCAGAGAAGUUGCGGAACAAAUUACACCCCAUACUUAUGAUCCUGAUAAAUGGGUCGCAGACAUGAAGGAGGUGGUUCACUCUUACCGCCUGAACGGCCAUGAGCUGGGACAAUUAGCUCAGGCCAGCCUUGGAAAGCAUUGGCACAAGGCCCGAGGAACAUUUACGGGCCGAACUGUUGAUGGGGCUGUGAUCCCUUAUUCCAGAGAUGCUAAUGAGCAGUUAGACGAAGAUUUUAAGACCCAAUUUGAAUUUUUAGCUAAUUCUGUUAAACAAAACUUUCAGAAAACCUCUAAAUUGACCAAAUUAGCCUCAAUAAAACAAAAACCUGAUGAGCCCGAUACCAACAACAGUUGGAGGAAAAUGCUGUGUAUUACCAACAAGGACACGCUCGAGGAGGCUUUAAGCCCCAAAGGCGUGGCCGAGGAGCCCAGGGACAUUGGCAGCCACAAAAUAACAAGGAUGGCCCCACCUGCUGGGUUUGUGGCGGGUCUGGCCGUAUUUCACAUGACUGUCCCUCAAACUCACGAGGUCGUAGUAGAGGGCGAGGUAACGGGGCGGAUCUAACAGGUUCCGCGGCCAAUAACGAGCAGCAGGACAGCCUGACCACACUCGCUUCAGGCAGGAACCAGGAAAUGAUUUUCUACAAUGACUAAACACAGCCCAUGAGAGGAAGGAUGACACGUCUGUGGUGGCCUGCUGCGGUGCUUGGGAGUUACGCAGUGUGCUGAAAGAAAAACCUUACAUUAGACUUACGGUUCAGGGACAAGCUGUUGAGUUUCUAUGUGACAUUGGGGCAUGCAGAACUGUCGUUUCAUCUGGGGUGAGGCUGCCCAAAUCUAAUAAUAGCAUUUUGGUUAAAUCUGCAGACAGGGCUACCACUCGCACCCAGUUGUCCAAACCUGUGUUCGUGGAGGACCCCAUAACGGGUUUGAGGAAAAGAAUCCCUUUGGUUAUUGCCUCUAAAUGCCCACUCAAUCUCCUGGGCAGAGACCUUAUGUCUGAGCUAAGAAUCUCCAUCGUUACUAUAGGGGACGGGAUGCAAGCUGUUCGCAUAGAUGAAGAAGAUUGUUACAUGGAAAAUGACCCUCAUGACCCCAUGGGAGUCUACUACUCGCUGCCAAUUCCCUUUAAUGAAAACUUGGCAGAAUCCCAACUUCUCAUGAGAACUGUGUUGCCUGUACUUAGAUUUUUCCAAAAUUGAGAUGCCCACCUCCCCACUUCAUGCGACGAUGGCUGUCAGGCCUGACCUUGACCAAAAAUAUCAGGAUUCAUUUUUCUCCAUGUCUCCUGUCAUGUUGUCCACCACUUACCUGGUCACUGAUGGUGAAUCAUGUUCUGCUGCUUCCGUGUUGCUCCCCACAAACAUUAAGCCGUUCCAUGAUGUGCCUACUCCACCACAUAUUUCUUUAACCAGAAAUAGCUCUCUCUGGUGGAGGGAUUUGGUUUAAUAAAGCUGAUAAGGCUUCAGAUUUUGUCCCGGUCCAGCUCGAUGUUUCUGAUGAGCAGUGUUGGGAGUAACGCCGUUUAAGUAUAACGGCGUUCUUUUAUAGGUAACAGAAUAAUCUAAUUAAUUACUUUUCCCACUGUUGCAACGCCGUUACCGUUACUGGGGAUGGAAGGACGUGCGUUACUAUGUGCUUGUCGAACGUUGAGCAACAGUGUGAGGCUUUCUGACCGCCACACUUCAGCUGCAGCCAGGGAGAGAGAGGUGUCGGUAACGCCCUUACAAACACGGUCUUUUUCAUAAAUAAAUCACAAACACUAUAUUUUUGCGAACCAUUAUACUACAGUUCUGAAUUUUUAUGUAUUAUCACCCAUUUAAGAUAAACCGUGCAUAAUAAGCACACUAUACUGUAAACAAGAGUGAAACUGUCCUAACACGCUGUGGUAGGAUAAUUCAACGAGGAAGCACGGAUAGUGAGAACACCGGUCCGGUCUGCUGGAACUUAGAAAACUGAGCUGAGAUACCUGACGCUGCUGUCGGGCUUCAGCACGUCCUGCAUGUUUUAGAUCACGAACACAGCCGAUUUGUUUAAUUCAGUGAUGAAUCACUUCGGCAGACACUUAGGAAUGCUUGGAGACAUUUCAGCUGUUAGCUUAUGGUGUUAAAAAGACGAACGCACUGUAAGGAGAUAGUUUCGCUUCUACAAACGAACAGUAGGGGGUGCUAAAAGGAAGCAACACAGCUUUAAUUGGGAGGACAAAUAAGCUGCAGAUUUUUAUGUGUGUGUGAUGUAAUAAAGUUACAUUCAAACUAGGGCCCGACCGAUAUGCUUGUUUUGGGACCGAUACGGAUAUAAAACUUUUAACAAAGGCCGAUAAAUCUCCGUCACAAAAAAAGAAAUAAACACAAAUGUUCUUA